CUUGAUGGAAACCAUAAACAACUAAAACACUCUCAAAUCUCCCCCCUUUUUUUUUCCAAUUUCCUCUAUAAAUACUGACAUCAAGUGAUCAACACGCAUUUCUUGCACCAAACUAGAUACAUCGUUUCUCUCUUUUGUUUGGAGUUUGAUCAACUCAGCAAAUCCAUCCAAACAGCUUUUUAGUUUCUGCUCAUGGAUUAUAGAGAUUGUGAAAAAGAGACUUGUCGAGAGACUACAGAUCAUGAUCAAGAGACAUUAAUGAAUGGCAACAACUUGAAGCCUACAUCUGCAAGUGAGAAGCCUGCAAUGGGGAGAGGAGAUUGGAGAACCCAAUUACGGAGUGAUUUACGAGAAAGAAUUAUUGUGAACAAGAUGUUCGAUACGCUGAAGAGGCACCUUCGAUCUUCUGGGGAAGACAAAUUAAAUGAACUCAGAAAAACUGUUGAAGCAUUUGAAGAAAAAACUUACAAUGCAGCAAGUAACCAGUUCGAUUAUGUAAGGAGAAUAUCUCUGAAGUUGCUUCAAAAGGAGACCCAAUCUCAGAACAUUGUACAGAAUUCUGGCCAAUGUAGCAAUAAUCUUCAUAAUCCAGGUUCCCAGAGCAUGCAGUCAGAACAAGUUCACGGUGAAGGGCUAUCACACCAGAACAUUCCAAAUGAUCUGAAGGGCAAAGUCAACAUAUAUGACCUUCCAGGGAAAGAUGGACCUGACGUUAUCUUCCCAAAACAGUGGCCUCCUUUACCAGCGCUGUAUAUCUCUGAACAAACGCCUACGAUACGGUCAACAUCUGUGGAUUGUGCAGACCUGACAAUGGCUCAACAAAACAACCAUUCAAAUAUGCAUCAGCAACAACAGCAGCAGCAGCAGCAGUUAAUGGCUCAACAAAACAACCUUUCAAAUAUGCAUCAGCAACAGUUGGGUCCUCAGAGUAAUAUUUCAGGACUACAGCAACAGCAGCAGCAAUUGGUUGGAACCCAGUCGGGUAACUCAAGCAUGCAAACUAAUCAACAAUCUUUACACAUGCUAUCCCAGCCCAAGGUUGCACUCCAACAAACGCAGCAGACUGCACCUAAUUUACUGCCAACUCAAGGACAGACAUCCCAGCAGCCACAACAGCAGCAGCAACUGAUGUCUCAGAUGCAAUCACAGCCUACUCAGUUGCGGCAACAGUUGGGUUUGCAACAGCAUCCCAAUCAAGUACAACAAAAUAUGCAGCAGAGACUUCAAGCAUCAGGUCAAACAUCAAGUUCCUUGCUUCAAUCACAAAAUUUGAUAGAUCAGCAACAGCAGUUGUAUCAAUCACAGAGAGCUGUUCCGGAGACAUCAUCAAUAUCUUUAGAUUCCACAGCUCAAACAGGACAUUCUAAUGGGGGUGAUUGGCAAGAAGAGGUCUAUCAAAAGAUCAAGGCCAUGAAAGAGACAUACUUCCCUGAAUUAAAUAUGAUGCACGAGAAAAUCUCUGCCACGUUGCUGCAGGUAGAGCAUGAUUCUCUUCCACAGCAGACAAAGUCAGCGCGGCUUGAGAAGAUGAAACUAUUCAAGACCAUGUUGGAGCGCAUUCUAUCUUUCUUAACAAUUUCCAGAGCUGCUAUAGUACCGGCUUUCAAGGACAAGUUGAGUUCGUAUGAGGACCAGAUAGGAAAAUUUAUAAUUGCCAAUAGGCCAAGGAAGCUUGUCUCAGCUUUGCAGCAAGGACAGCUUCUUCCAACUCAUAUGCAUUCCAUGCAGCAGCCUCAACCUGAAAGUAAUCAAACACAAUCUCACGAUAAUCAAAUGAACCCUCUGUUUCCGUCAAUGAUGAGACCAGCUCAGAUGCCGCAAUUGAAGAAGCAAAUGCCGAGGCUACAGCAGCUGCAGCUUCUUCAAAUGCUGCAACAGCGAGGUAUGCACCGGGUUGAUGAGCUGCAGUCACCUGCAAAGAUUAAAACAAAUGAAUUAUCACAUUUACAUCAAAUAGAUAUUGAUUCUGGAGUUCUUCAAGAAAAUCUCCCUAGUAACCAACUUCCAGGUUAUGAGCAAGCAAGUUCUGAAUACCACGCCCCCGACACUGCUGGGAUUGGUGUGCCGCCAAUUAUGUCAAUACCACCUUUACUUCCAGGGUUUAAAGAAGUUAAUGAUACUAGUGGUAAUGCUUUGACAACUGAUUUUGGCAAGCCGGACAUCGCAGAACAGCCACAUGAUCUCAAGGUGAACAUGGCAAAACCCAAAUCACUGAGUGCAACUGUGGUGACCAUGGUUGAUGAGGCAGUCACUUCAGUCGGCGAGGAUUUGGCCGCCAUGAGAAAGCAAGGACUGCAUGCAAGAAAUUUCUUUGCCCAAACUGGAAUGAGUGGAGCUGAGAAAAUGAGAUGUUAUUUGAGUGCAUUAGUUAUAUUAGCUCUCCUCAUUUUUUUCAUUUUCAACCUCAACCACCAAUAUUAAAGCACUAGAAUAUGCAGGACCGGUUCAGUUCUAUACCCCACCCCCCUAAAUUUUGUUUUAAGUUUAUGUCUGGGUAAAGGAUGAAAGAUCUUUUUAUUACCAUUGGUUUCUCUCUUUAUAAUAAUAAUAAUAAUAAUAAUAAUAAUAGCCAGGGAACUUGUUCCCUUGUAAUCCAUUAGAUGUCCUGAUAAUUUAUCUUCUUAUUCUAGCUUGAGAAAUUAUAUAUAUUUGCGUACUAUGACCAAACCAUCAUUCGAAUAUCUAAAAUAUUUGUGUUUGUCAA